UUCCAGCUGAACCCCAGCCUGACCGGUGUGAUCCCGGAGAGCGGCCUCCUCAUUUGCAUCGGUUGGGUCCUGGGGGGCAUCAUCUGUGGGGCAAACAAGGCGCAGACCUUCAGGCUGCAGCCCUUCACCUUCUUCUUCUACCUGCUGCCCCAGAUCAUCCUGGACGCGGGCUACUCCAUGCCCAACAAGCUGUUUUUCAGCAACUUGGGCACCAUCCUGGUUUACGCUGUUAUUGGCACCUGCUGGAACGCUGCCACUUUGGGACUCGCCCUUUGGGGGUGCUGGUUGGGCGGGGCAAUGGGUAAGGCGGCCAAUGUGUGUGUCCCAAAUAGCACCCUAUUUCCUAUUCUAGUGCACUACUUUUGACCAGGGGGCCGUAGAGCAGAUCAACAUAAAAUAUGGGUUCUAUAGUUUUCCGAUGAUUGAAACUGGCAUUUGUGAGGUCGUCAAUCAGAGUACAUGUGUAAGGUAGAUGAAAGGUCUGAGAUCAUAAUACCUUUUACCCUGGGCCUCUGUAGGCGAUAUCGACAUUGGCCUCCUGCAGUUGCUGCUGUUUGGGAGUCUGAUUGCUGCUGUGGACCCCGUGGCUGUGAUUGCCGUGUUUGAGGAGGUCCAUGUCAACGAGGUCCUGUACAUUCUGGUGUUUGGGGAGUCCCUUCUCAACGACGGCGUCACAGUGGUCAGUCUGACUAACUUCAUUAUCCUCAUUUAUCAUUAUUAGGCUGCGUCCCAAAUUGAACCCUUUUCCCUAUGUCAGCAUACUGACCAAGAACGGUGUCAAUAUGGAACGGGGGCCUACAUAUAUAUAUAUAUAUAUUUUUGAACUCAGUAGGGCUUUCAACUUACUCUUCUUGAAAGUUGUAAUAGUAGAAUACACAAGCUGCAAUUUUGUAAUUUCGCUGCGCUUCAGCAGUUUUACUCUGUCAUUGCUGACCUUAAAGAGCUAUUUAUGACAGUUGAUCAACUAGCCCAUAUCAGCUAACAUUUUUUAGCUAGGUUUUUCAGCCCACUGAUUUUGUUGUAACGUUUGAGUCGCUCAGAUAUCACAUGAACACACAUAAGACAUGCCAAAAUGUGUACAAUUGAAGGAAAUUAGCUUUAGAACUGCAAAAUGUUCUCUCCACCCCAUGGAAAAAUUUAUAGAAUUGCAGGAAAUGAGCUUUAAAACUGCAAAAUGUUUCUUCCACCCAAUGGCAAAAUUAGAAGUUGGGGUUUGUUACUACGCUGAUAAUGACAAUAUCCAUCCGGACCUUAGCCGUCCUAGGAGAUUUGUGUGAUUGGACCUUCUCAAAUAGUAUUUGAAUACCCCUGUCCUACUGUAUAUAGUGCACUACUUUUGGUCAGGGCCCAUAGGCACUUUUGAUCAGGUUCCCUUCAGUUGGUAGCCUACAGUUCAUAUAAUUUCAUUCCAUUUGCUAAAUCUGUAAACGCUGUCACAUCCGUGUUGUUGUUGCUGAGGAUCACUAGUAAUAGUUGAUCAUAUUUCAUGUAAAACAUAUUUUACAUGUAGGCUAAUUAAAUCAUUAUCGAGUGCAGACCAAGCCGUAACAGUUUGAACCUGAGGCAUGGCGCAAUACUUAGCCGUGCAAUCCCACUGAGCACACCACGUCAUUUCAACGUGGACAUUUGGGUAAUAUUUGGUUGAGAUGUUGACCAAUGAGAUUUAAACCUUUAUUCACCCACUCCAAAAUACAUUUGUUGAAUUCCUAAUGUGCACAACCAAAUUCCAAUUGAUAAACUGUCCGAUUUUUGGUUUAGUUAUCAUCUAAAUGUGUCAUCACUGCGCUUUCAACCAUUUAAAAGCACAACAAAGUUUAAAUGGGAAUACAAUGUCCGAAUAGUUUUUAUUUAUACAACAACUGAAUGUAUUAUCACUGUGCUUCAUCUAGAAAUGCAACCAAAUGACCUGGAUUGCAGUUGAGAUUACAGUGCAUUCGGAAAGUGCAUUCGGAAAGUAUUUUUCCACAUUUUGUUACGUUACAGCCUUAUUCUAAAAUGUAUUAAAUAAAUAAAAAUCCUCAGCAAUCAACACACAAUACCCCAUAAUGACAAAGUGAACAGGUUUAAUUGUUUUGUGCAAAUGAUUUACAAAUAAAAAAAACUAUUCAAACCCUUUGCUAUGAGACUCGAAAUUGAGCUCAGGUGCAUCCUGUUUCUAUUGAUCAUCCUUGAGAUGUUUCUACAAAUUGAUUGGAGUCCACCUGUAGUCAAUUCAAUUGAUUGGACAUGAUUUGGAAAGGCACACACCUGUCUAUAUAAACCUGUUUUUGCUUUGUCAUUAUGGGGUAUUGUGGAUCAAUUUUAGAAUAAGGCUGUAACCUAACAAAAUGUGGGAAAAAGUCAAGGGGUCUGAAUACUUUCCGAAUGCACUGUACAUUAGAAGUACAUAGUGCAAGUGAUCAAUGCUGUUUGAGAUUCUGCUCAGAUUAUUAUAGCAAUUGUGAAGAUCAAUACAGACCUGCAACCUUUUCAUGCUAUCUUGAACAUUAAUGCUUUCUAUGAUAACAUAAGAAGACAUUUAGUUAAAGUAACUUCAAUGUGACCAUGGAUAUGUUACUCAUUUUAAGGUUGAAUAAAUACUGUUACAUUAGUUCGUAAGAUAGGCUAUUUACUGUAUUACAAAAGUAAUAUUGAAUGGUGUUUGGUUAACAACACAACCAAAUAUUAAAAUCUAAAGGAGAUGUCUCUAAUGCUUGUAUAAUUUGAGAUGGAGACGUGAAUCCAACAUAUCAAUUAUUAAUUUGUAGACAAACUGGAAUUAAAGCCAGGCUAAGUCAGUGGCACAGAAGAUACAUCUCCUUCAAAUGUGUGGACAACCAAACAAAAUUCAAUUUCACUUUUGCAAUACAGUAAAUAGCUUAUUAAGUUGGCGACAAGUUAACAAAGAAUAUGUUGGAUUUACGACUCCAACUAAACCAAAAAUAAAAGUUAAAGAAUAGGAUUAAGACAUCUCCUUCAAAUGUUGAUAUUUGGUUGCUUUGACAAUCAAAAACAAUUCAAUAAUCCAGUUUGUCUACAAAUUAAUAAAUUAUAUGUAGGAUUCACAUCUCCAUCUCAACCAAAAAUCGAAGUUAAAGAAUAGCACUAAAUCAAAUCAAACUUUAAAUGAAAUUAGUCCUAUUAUUUAACUUAGAUUUAUUUUUAUUGAGAUGGAGACGUGAAUACAACAUUAAUGAUUAACCUGUAGAUUAAACUUGAAAACAACCAAAGCUUGAAACCCUAGGCUUGUAUGUAUUGUCUAUUUUUGGUUGAAUACUGGGUUGAAAUAGUAUCAUUUUUAUUUAUUAUGGAUCCCCAUUUCUUGGGAUCCAGCAAAAUUAAGGCAGUUAUACAAUUUAAAAAACAGUACAUUACAAUACAUUCAUAACAGAUUUCACAAUACACUGUGUGCCCUCAGGCCCCUACUCCACUACCACAUAUCUACAACACAAAAUCCAUGUGUAUAGUGCGUAUGUUAUCAUGUUUGUGUCUGCGCAUAUGUUUGUGUUGCUUCACAGUCCCCGCUGUUCCAUAAGGUGUAUUUUUAUCUGUUUUUUUUUUCAAUCUAAUUUUAUUGCUUGCAUCAGUUACUUGAUGUGGAAGAGUUCCAUAUAGUCAUGGCUCUUUGUAGUACUGUGCGCCUCCCAUAGUCUGUUCUGGACUUGGACUGUGAAGAGACCUCUGGUGGCAUGUCUUGUGGGGUAUGCAUGGGUGUCCGAGCUGUGUGCCAGUAGUUCAAACAGAUAGCUCGUAGUGAUGAAGUCAAUCUCUCCUCCACUUUGAGCUGCAGAGAUUGACAUGCAUAUUAUUAAUGUUAGCUCUCUGUGUAGAUCCAAGGGCCAGCAGUGCUGCCCUCUUCUGAGCCAAUUGCAAUUUUCCUAAGUCACUCUUUGUGGCACCUGACCACACGACAGAACAGUAGUCCAGGUGCCUGUAGGACCUGCCUUGUUGAUAGUGCUGUUAAGAAGAUAGAGCAGCGCUUUAUUAUGGACCGACUAAUCCCCAUCUUAGCUACUGUUGUAUCAAUAUGUUUUGACCUUGACAGUUUAAAAUCCAAGGUUACUCCAAGCAGGUUAGUCACCUCAACUUGCUCAAUUUCCACAUUAUUUAUUACAAUAUUUAGUUGAGGUUUAGGGUUUAGUGAAUGAUUUGUCCCAAAUACAAUGCUUUUGGUUUUAGAAAUAUUUAGGACUAACUUAUUCCUUGUCACCCAUUCUGAAACUAACUCCAGUUCUUUAUUAAGUGUUGCAGUCAUUUUAGUCGCUGUAGUAGCUGAUGUGUAAAGUGUUGAGUCAUCCGCAUACAUAGACACAAUGGCUUUACUCAAAGCCAGUGGCAUGUCAUUAGUAAAGAUUGAAAAAAGUAAGGGGCCUAGACUGCUGCCUUGGGGAAUUCCUGAUUCUACCUGGAUUAUGUUGGAGAGACUUUCAUUAAAGAACACCCUCUGUGUUCUGUUUGACAGGUAACUCUUUAUCCACAAUAUAGCAGGGGGUGUAAAGCCAUAACACAUCGUUUUUCCAGCAGCAGACCAUGAUCGAUAAUGUCAAAAGCCACACUGAAGUCUAACAAAACAGCCCCCACAAUCUUUUUAUCAUCAAUUCUACAAGGUGGACUCUACAAUGUGUCAAAAGCGUUCCCUUUGGGUGGUGGACCAUUCUUGAUACACACAGAAACGGUUGAGCAUGAAAAACACAGCAGCGUUGCAGUUCUUGACACACUCAAACCGGUGCGCCUGGCACCUACACUCUUAGAAAAAAGGUGCUAUCUAGAACCUAAAAUGGUUAUUUGGCUGUCCCCAAAGGAGAACCCUUUGGAGAACCAUUUUUGGUUCCAGGUAUAACCCAUAUAUAGAACCCUUUUGGGUUCCAUGUAGAACCCGUUUCACAGCGGGUUCUACAUGGAACUCAAAAGGGUUCUACCUUUUAUAAGAGUGUACUACCAUACCCUGUUUAAAGGCACUUAAAUAUUUUGUCUUAUCCAUUCAGCCUCUGAAUGGCACACAUUCACAAUCCAUGUCUCAAUUGUCUAAAGGCUUAAAAAUCCUUCUUUAACCUGUCUCCCCUUCAUCUACACUGAUUGAAGUGGAUUUAACAAGUGACCUCAAUGGAAAGAGCAAGUGUUCCUAAUGUUUUGUACACUCAGUGUAUAAAGUAUGGUUACAUUUUUUUUUUUUUUUUUUUUCAUUUGAAGGAGUUGCCAUGGCGCCCUGGUAGCAACCUAGACAGAGCUCUUGUAAUGUGUACAUAUUUAGUUAUUUUAAAGUGUUUUUAUCCAUUGUUUUGGAACCAACAUUUUAAUUUUUGAUAAGCAUAUACUGUAUAUGGUGGUUUUGAGCCACGGAUUUGCAGAUUGACUGACAGGUCAACUCUUUUUGUCUUAGCUGGCUAAUGUUUUUGUUUGAAAAAUGCAUCUGGACACAGUACCAGCUUUUUUAUUUCACUUGGCUGCCAGUUUCUGAUCUUUUGAGAACAUCGUGAGAGAAAUGGGAGAUGGAGGAAUACAGUGCUGAGGCAGAGGGCUCGUAGAGAGGAUACUUUCUACUAUUCUGAACUUUGUGUGGUGAGCUUUCUGGUGCCCAGAGCUGCCGAGGCAUCACCCAAGUGGGUGCUUCACAGAGUGGAAAAGGUCAAGUCCAGUGGCUAUAUGACUCAGGCUGGUACCCAGACUUGCCCAAUGCAAGUUCACCAGCAGACUCCAUCACCAUCAUUUACCAUCCUCUGACCAGCUCCCUCCGCUCAAGCCAUGAACUGACCCUCUCCAUCAGCAGAGGAUGCAGCAUUGAAAUACUUGGCCUCUAUUGGUUGACCUGACCUGUCAUGAUACAGUGGGCAUAAAAAGUAUUUAGUCAGCCACCAAUUGUGCAAGUUCUCCCACUUAAAAAGAUGAGAGAGGCCUGUAAUUUUCAUCAUAGGUACACGUCAACUAUGACAGACAAAAUAAGAAAAAAAAUCCUGAAAAUCACAUUGUAGGAUUUUUUAUGAAUUUAUUUGCAAAUUAUGGUGGAAAAUAAGUAUUUGGUCAAUAACAAAAGUUUCUCAAUACUUUGUUAUAUACCCUUUGUUGGCAAUGACACAGGUCAAACGUUUUCUGUAAGUCUUCACAAGGUUUUCACACACUGUUGCUGGUAUUUUGGCCCAUUCCUCCAUGCAGAUCUCCUCUAGAGCAGUGAUGUUUUGGGGCUGUCGCUGGGCAACACGGACUUUCAACUCCCUCCAAAGAUUUUCUAUGGGGUUGAGAUCUGGAGACUGGCUAGGCCACUCCAGGACCUUGAAAUGCUUCUUACGAAGCCACUCCUUCGUUGCCCGGGAGGUGUGUUUGGGAUCAUUGUCAUGCUGAAAGACCCAUCCAGGUUUCAUCUUCAAUGCCCUUGCUGAUGGAAGGAGGUUUUCACUCAAAAUCUCACGAUACAUGGCCCCAUUCAUUCUUUCCUUUACACGGAUCAGUCGUCCUGGUCCCUUUGCAGAAAAACAGCCCCAAAGCAUGAUGUUUCCACCCCCAUGCUUCACAGUAGGUAUGGUGUUCUUUGGAUGCAACUCAGCAUUCUUUGUCCUCCAAACACGACGAGUUGAGUUUUUACCAAAAAGUUCUAUUUUGGUUUCAUCUGACCAUAUGACAUUCUCCCAAUCCUCUUCUGGAUCAUCCAAAUGCACUCUAGCAAACUUCAGACGGGCCUGGACAUGUAAUGGCUUAAGCAGGGGGACACGUCUGGCACUGCAGGAUUUGAGUCCCUGGCGGCGUAGUGUGUUACUGAUGGUAGGCGUUGUUACUUUGGUCCCAGCUCUCUGCAGGUCAUUCACUAGGUCCCCCCGUGUGGUUCUGGGAUUUUUGCUCACCGUUCUUGUGAUCAUUUUGACCCUACGGGGUGAGAUCUUGCAUGGAGCCCCAGAUCGAGGGAGAUUAUCAGUGGUCUUGUAUGUCUUCCAUUUCCUAAUAAUUGCUCCCACAGUUGAUUUCUUCAAACCAAGCUGCUUGCCUAUUGCAGAUUCAGUCUUCCCAGCCUGGUGCAGGUCUGCAAUUUUGUUUCUGGUGUCCUUUGACAGCUCUUUGGUCUUGGCCAUAGUGGAGUUUGGAGUGUGACUGUUUGAGGUUGUGGACAGGUGUAUUUUAUACUGAUAACAAGUUCAAACAGGUGCCAUUAAUACAGGUAACAAGUGGAGGACAGAGGAGCCUCUUAAAGAAGAAGUUACAGGUCUGUGAGAGCCAGAAAUAUUGCUUGUUUGUAGGUGACCAAAUACUUAUUUUCCACCAUAAUUUGCAAAUAAAUUCAUUAAAAAUCCUACAAUGUGAUUUUCUGGAUUUUUUUUCUCAAUUUGUCUGUCAUAGUUGACGUGUACCUAUGAUGAAAAUUACAGGCCUCUCUCAUCUUUUUAAGAGGGAGAACUUGCACAAUUGGUGGCUGACUAAAUACUUUUUUUGCCCACUGUAUGAUGCUUGUAAGUUUGUUCUUUGCUUAUGCGCUUUGAGAUUUCUAUUAUGAAAAGCGCUAUAGAAGUUACAUUUAUUAUUAUUUGCUCUGUUAAACCCACCCUUUUGGAAUGACUUUGAUAGCAACAGUGAAUCUAUUUAGUUAUUAAGUGGAGACCUCUCAAUAAUCAUUCUCACAAUAGCACAUUGGUAGUAGUCAGUGACAAAUAUCAAAGCUAAGCAGGGCAGGGCUAGGUUAAAACCCUGGGUGGUAGACCAUAGGAAUAGCUGUAGAUACAUCCAGUUGGAGGUGCUGCCCAGCAUAUUUUUUCUGAUAGUGGAUAUUACGUCGAAGAUCUGACGUUGUUAAAAAGGUACAAAUUUAACAUUUUAUACAUGGUUUGUCUAUGUUGAAUGAUGAAACAGUACUGGUUGACUUUUUGCAAAUCCAAAUGUGUUUUACACGUAGAUUCUACGUCACAAUACGUGUGGCAAAUUACAUUGAAACAAUGUUGAUUCAACCAUUUUGUGCCCAGUGGGAUCACACAGUUCCAUGGUCAGGGCAACCAAUAGGCCAGGGUAUACUAUUGUACACUAUUCUCCCUAUUAUAAUUCUAUGUACGCUAAUCUUCCAACAUUACCAUUGGUUGAAUACCUGAAUGUGGCAAUUUUUCAAAUGAAUUAAAAGUUUUUUUAUUUUGUGUGUAAAUGCGCUCUAACCAUAUUUUUCCAUGUGCAGCCUAGGGUUCAUAAAACUUUAAAUCUAUGCAUGGAUUCUGAAACUAAAGAUAAAUAUGUUUUGAUGGCUAUCUUUCAUUGAUCUCCAUUAUGAACGCCUUCUUCAUAGGCUACAUUCUAAUGUUGUGCAGAUCAAAUUCUGUAUUUAAAGGGAUUGCUUUAGAAAAAUUAACCAAAAAUAAAACACCCUGAUCAAAUUGGUAGGCUACCCAGUGGGUGUAUUUUCUGGGAUUUAAUUAAUUAUAUUAAUUGUGCUCCACGGACCCACACGCAAAUCUUGUUGCGCACGUGCAUAGGGUAAGUCUGAAUACGCCCUUUGUAUGGAAUAGGGUGCCAGCCUUAAUGUUUACACAACAAUUUUUUGGCAGAAACAUUUACUUCACUUUUCAUAAUGUGUUAAAUAAGAAGUAAGUUGAGUUCCAAAUUUAAUGAUAUUCAUCAUUGGAAACCUAAACCCGACAAAUUAAGUACUAAGGCAAUACACAAGACAAGGCACCUUGACUGAACUGCACCAGUCAGUCACAUGAUUUACUUCUGGGAAUGCUGUCUGUUUGUAGGUCUACAUAACAACAUCAAUCACAUACAAAUAGACCAAGAAUAAAAUUGUAAUCUAAUGGAUUACAUUACACAAUUGAUUAAAUGUAUUGUAACACAUUAAAUAACGUUAUAUUCAAUGGAUUUGGUUGCUUAACCUCCCCACCUCCUCAGUGACCAGGCAUCUUUAUUUUCAUGUUCCCUCAGGUGCUGUUCAAUGUGUUUAAUGCAUUUGUGUCGCUUGGAGGGGCAAAAAUCGACGCUGUAGAGAUCAUCAAAGGCAUAAGUACGUAAGAGCACCACACCUUGGCUACGUCCCAAAUGGCACCCUAUUCCUUAUAUAGUUCACUUAUUUUGACUAUGGCCCAUAUGGCUCUCGUAAAAAGUACUGCAUUAUGUAGGGAAUAGGGUGCCAUUUGGGACGCAGUGUUUGAUUCUCAGGCCAACAAAUAGUGCCCUGUCACGUAGUCAACAGGGACAGCUUGAAGCAAACUGCUAGGGUAAUGCAACAAGCAAUAUAGUAUGUAAUCUGUCUAACCCAGGGGUAGGCAACCCUGGUCCUGGAGAGCUGUUUUUGAUUUAACCAACCUGAAAGACCAGGUAUGUUGAAUUUAGGCAGUCACUGAACUGAUCAAUUAGCUCAGUUGGUCAGGUGGGGUGCCUAGUUGGGACAAAAUCCUGCGGCUCUCCAGGAACAGGUUGUAUGUAUUGUAUUUAUUCAUGAAAUAAUGAAUAUCUUUGUUCCCUGUUUGCCUCUCCAUAUGUCAUUCUGUCUCGCUUUUUCUUCCCCUCUCUUUCACCCUCCUUCCCUUUUCUCUCUCUUAUCACCCUCCUCUCUCUUCCUCCUCUGCCCUGUGCAGUCUCGUUCUUCGUGGUGGCACUCGGAGGCUCCCUGGUUGGUGUUAUCUUUGGUCUGCUGAUCUCGCUCCUGACCAGAUGCACCAAAAACAUCCAGAUUAUCGAGCCAGGCUUCAUCUUCGUCCUGGGCUACCUCUCUUACCUCACAGCCGAGAUGCUCUCGCUAUCCGCUAUCCUGUCGUAAGUCCUUCUGAGUGUUAUGUUGAUUUAUUAGGACUUUUACAACCUUUCCAUUAAGGGGUAUUCCACUGAAAACCUAACAUGAUAUUUCCACUUACCUUGGCUUAGUUUUUAGAUACAGUAUGUAUUUCAGUUACAUAACUCAUUUUUUUCUAAGAGUGUACUACCUAGAACCUAAAAGAGUUCUUCAGCUGUCCCCAUAGGAAAACCAUUUGAAGAACCCUUUUUGGUUCCAGGUAGAACCCUUUUUGGUUCCAAGUAGAACCUUUUUGGGUUCCAUGUAGAACCCUUUCCACAGAGGGUUCUACAUAGAACCCAGAAGGGUUCUACAUGGAAACAAAAAGGUUUCUACUAUGGGGACAGCCGAAGAACCCUUUUGAGCCAUGUAUGACCCUUGAGGUUGACUCUGGUCAACUAUGGCAGAGCGCUCUACAUACCAUUUAUAUACAGUACCUACUGCGUUUUAGUCUAUAUUCUAAGUGACAUGACCCUUUUCUUGCUUUACCAUAGGUGUACAUUCUGUGGCAUCUGCUGUCAGAAGUAUAUUAACGCCAACAUGGACGAGAGGUCGGUCAGCACGGUACGAUACGUAAUGAAGGUGUUCGCAAAUGGCUCAGAGACCAUCAUCUUCGUCUUCCUCGGCAUCUCGGCCAUAGAUCCGUCUAUAUGGGUGUGGAACACAGCCUUUAUCCUCCUCACACUCCUCUUCAUCUUUGUGUUCAGGUUCAUA